ACGUUGUAGAAGCCCAACGAUCGUAUUUAACACGCACAUCACUGUGUGACAUCCCAUUGUUCCCCUAUCGUUCACCGAGUGCCAAAUUUCACGCCUGUUGCGCGCUUUCACGGCGCUUUCGUUUCUCCCGCGAGACUGGACGAUGAGUUCGUCCGGACGACUCGAAAUGCGUGAUCGUUAGGCGAAAAAGAGAGAAAAGAAACAGGAAAUUGCAACAGGCUGUAAAAAGGAAAGAAAACGAAAGGAAUAUAACCUUUCAACGAGGUUAAAGUCCAGUCGGUGCGACCUACGACGCACCGUAUUUAUUAUGUCUUAUGUAAUGAGUCACAUGUUUACAUAGUCAGGACGGUACCUCCAGUGAAAAUCAUAUUUAUACUAACGAUUCACAGUCAAAUCAUAUUUAUUCUGAAUCAUGUCGCAAUACGAAGAUGUCAUUUUGGAAGAUAAAGAAAAAGAAGAAGAUUUACCGGUAAAUUUAGGAGGAAUGCGACAUCGUAUUCCAUGGAGCGAACGUGUAUUGUUAAAUAGUGAGAUACCAGGUUUAUACGAAGUUAAAGAAUUAUUAGAGGAUGAUGACGCAAGUUGUCUGGGGGAAGAGGAGGAUGGGGUUGGGUGUCCAUUACCAUCGACGCCAGAAGAUGAUCAUCUUUUGGAUUGUGAGAUGACUGAAGUAUUAAAGGCUGGAGUACUGAGUGAUGAAAUUGAUCUAGGUGCACUAGCACAUAAUGCAGCAGAGCAGGCUGAGGAAUUUGUUCGAAAGGUAUGGGAGGCAUCGUGGAAACAGUGUCACUUUAGGAAUCUACCAAGAUGGUUGCAAGAUAACGAUUUCUUGCAUGCUGGUCACAGGCCGCCAUUACCCUCAUUUUAUGCAUGCUUCAAAAGCAUUUUUCGAAUUCAUACAGAAACUGGCAAUAUCUGGACACAUUUACUAGGCUGUGUUGCCUUUAUUGGUAUAGCUAUAUUUUUUCUAACGCAACCUCCUAUAGAAAUUCAAUUGGAGGAAAAAUUGGUAUUUGGUACCUUCUUUGCUGGUGCUAUAAUUUGCCUAGGAAUGUCAUUUGCCUUUCAUACAGUUCAUUGCCACAGCGAAUGUGUGGGAAAGCUGUUUUCAAAGUUAGAUUAUUGUGGAAUAGCUAUGCUUAUUAUGGGUAGUUUUGUACCAUGGCUUUAUUAUGGAUUUUAUUGCGACUAUCAACCUAAGCUAAUUUAUCUGUCUGUGGUGGUUGUUCUUGGUAUAACCAGUAUUGUAGUUUCAUUGUGGGAACGAUUUGGUGAACCAAACUAUCGUCCACUUCGAGCUGGAGUUUUUAUGGGUUUUGGACUUAGCGGGGUAAUACCAGCUGUACAUUACGCUGUCGCCGAAGGUUGGUUUAAGGCGAUUAGCCAAGCAUCUCUCGGAUGGUUAAUAUUAAUGGGAUGUUUGUACAUAUUAGGCGCGUUAUUUUAUGCUUUAAGGGUACCUGAACGUUUUUUCCCAGGAAAAUUCGAUAUUUGGUUUCAGAGUCAUCAAAUCUUCCAUGUAUUAGUAAUUGCAGCUGCUUUUGUUCAUUACCAUGGCAUUACAGAAAUGGCAAUGCAUAGAAUGACAAUAGGCGACUGCACAAAUCCAUCGCAGGUGUUGGCUUUUUAAAUCUGCGGGCACACACUUUCAUCUCUUGUUGAUAACUUUCAUAUGUCAUUAACUUAAUAAAAAAAGACUACAAAAAUUCCUAAAUCUUACGCCAGCAUAUUUGUGCUGUUGAAAG